AAAAAAGACUAGACACGACCCGACAGACAGGGCUCCUGGGUUGUUAGCAGCCAUUCCAUUGGACCCUGUUAAGCGAAGACACCUGCGGAGUCAGAAUUUAAAGACUAAAAUAAGAUGAACCGCUGUCAGGGCAAGCUUCUUUUUCUUCUCAUUUAAACUGGAAGAUCAUCUCAAGGGUCCUGGACUCUGAUCUCGAGCCUCGCCCAUAUCCUCGGGUAGCUAUAGAAAUGCCUACUUAUUAUUUAUGUAUUUGUUUGUUUAACUGACAUCUUUCUCUCUCCUUUCCCUCUCCCUCCGUAUCUCUCUUUCUCUAGUUCCGUUUCCCCUGUUCUUCCCCCCCAUUCGUCUUUGGGUACGCGUAUAAAUCUAAGGCCUUGUUCCUUUUACACAACCUACCUAAGUAAUUAACUAUUAUAUGUUGGAGAGUUAACUUAUAGUAAUACUCAUCUAACCAUACAUGUAUAUGCAUACCCUCUUCAUAUUAACCCUUGUCACCUACGGGAUGAUUAUCCGACUAUUUUUUUACGGUAAGAUUCGGAAGAUAUCUUUCAAGUUUUUGGUUCCUUGCUGGGCUUUUGCUAGGCACCGAGGAAGGGAGGGACCUUACUAUGGUACCUGUUGUACUCCGCCCACCUUUUUGAGGGUGCACUUAGCUGGUCUAAUCCUUGAAAUACCAUAAUACCUAUCCAUACCUGUCUUUUAGUCGAUAAAAACAAUAACAUUUUCUUAAAUAUUAAGCAUAUGGCAUGAAUAAAGCGGCAUUUACUAUACUGUUUAUUAGAACGCUUUAUAGUACGUAUUGAG